CCAACCGGACGCACAAGCUGCUCUGCGAUAACUCAACUUUCCCGCUUUUCCGGAAAUCGUAGGUUCAAUCGUUUCCGGAAAAGCGACCGGCUGAUUGGUUAAAGCGCGUCGUUUCUUAGCGCGCGUUGCACGCACGUUAGCGCGUACCAACGAGGGACGGGGGCCACUUAGCGUCCGAUCACCGUGGCGACGACGAACGUGCAACAACGUCGGACACUCGCGUGCGGAUAGUAGCCUGUCGCAUUGCACUAUUUAUAUACGCGAUGGGCGAACGAGCAUUUGUCUGUUUCCGCUACUGCCUGAUCGCCGGCGCGAUCCUCCUCGGUAUUUCUGGUGCGGUCGUGAGCAUAUUCGCCGGUUACUUUAUUUAUCAGCUGCAUGAAUAUGCGUCGCUUACACCUGAUAACGUAUGUGGCUCAGCCGCUACCUUGUUGGCCAUGGGCGUUAUCACUUGUGGAAUCGGCUGGUUCGUCUGGCAAUUUCUCAAUUUUUCCAACAGAGGUCAAGUUAUCAUUUUUGCCGUGACACUUACAACUAUCACUCUGAUCGAGACCAGUGUCGGAAUUUGGGCCUUGGUACGACACGAACAAGUGGACGCCUUACCGUCUACGCAACAUGACGAGAUCUUUGCCCUCGCAAUCACGGAUGAGAAAUCUACCUGGAAUCAUAUGCAGUCUACGUUACAAUGCUGCGGAAUAGACGGACCUUCCGAUUAUCGUGGCACAGAUGCGAUUCCUUGGUCAUGUUGCAACACAACGAACCUCGCAAAUGAUACUGAAGGCAUUUGCACUACUCUCUAUAAGCGAGGAUGUCAGCUCGUAGUAUUAAAUCGAACAAAAUCGAUCCUCCUUCACGUUUUUUUGCUUGCAUUGUGUUCCGUGCUGUUACAGGUUUUUUUCGUAGCGUGCACUACUUGUUAUGCCAGGAUCUAUAAAGAUAAAAUGGAUAGAAGAAGGGCAUCGGAAGUAGCCAAGCGCUUGUCUCUGCAAGAGCCGGAUACUAAGGAUAUUCUUUUAACAGGUCGAUCAAAAUAUUUGCACAAUUCUGACAAUUCCUAGCCAACGCCGCAAACCGCGAAAGACGAACAUGUGCGUCAUUUACAGAUGUUGCGUCACUGUGAUAUGCGAAAUACAUUUCGCGUGGUGACAAUAUCUACGAUAUAUAGGUAUACGACUGAUGCUGAUAUUGUUUCUGUCAUACAGAGUUCUAGAUCUGAAAAAAUAUUUUAGCAAAUAUUUUAUUCUUUAAACAAAUUUUCGAAUUGAUUUCUCUUCAGAUGUAAUAUCAAGAUCGCGUAAUUCGUUACAAUUUUCAACAUAAAUUUUUGUGAGAAAUAAAUCUCA